CCCUCUUUGUGCCAUCCAUCGCCUUCCUGUUUCCUUUCCCAAACCCAAAGGAAACCCCUUUCGCCCUUUCCUUUCCUUUCCUUCUUCGCUAAGCAUGAAUCUCUCUCGUUCUCACGGCCGCGCUACACGCGACGGCGGUGGCGGAAAUAUCGCCAGCGAUGGAUGCGGAGGCUUGGCUUCCGAUUCCUCUGGGAGGCGGCGGUCGUUGCUGCUAAGGAGGGGAAGAGGCGUUGCUACUUCGAAAGCCAGUAGGGGGGAGAGGGACGACGCCUCUUCUUCGUCGUCUUCGCACUCCUCUUCCCCGACCUCGCGUUCCACGACCAAGCGGUGGAAGAUGAGAUGGGUGCGUUUGCGGAGCGGAAGCAGUCGAAGCCUCUUGGUGUUCGCGUCCGAUCACUGCAAUGAGAGUCUCCAGGAUCUCGCUCUCCCUCUCGGCAUGUCAUUCGCUGCGGUUAUUGCUCAGGUUUCGUUUGGGAAGAGCAUUUCAAAAGAUAAUAUAGAAAUAGAUCAUCUUUCCAAGAUGUGCAGUUCAGCAGUGAAAGAAUCUAUAACAAAUAUAUAUGGGCAAAAAUUUGAUUGUUUCAUAAGGAAUUUUGAUAAGUCAUUCUGUAGCUCAUUGAAGACCCUUGGUUUGAUCAAUAACAUGUCUGUUAAUAGGAAGGAAAAUGCAACUUCUACUGGUUCAUGUUCUUUCAACAGCGAAAUAACACCUGAAUUGACCAAUACUGAACUUAUCAGAACCACUGAAGGUCCUGUGGAAACUGCUGUUCCUUCCGGUUCUUGUUCUUACAAGAGUGAUGAAAUCACACCUGACUUGGCUGGUACUGUAUUUAUCAGAACCCUUGAAGGUCCAGAGGAACAUGCUCCAUUUAAAUCAGCAGACAAUCAACUCAUUCUCCAUCGAGAUAGAAAUCAGCAACUUGCAAAUAUUCACAGUGGCACACGUGGGAGUGGGUUUAGUCAGUCUAUUCUGAGUACAAUCGAGAGAUCUGUAAUCGAGCAGACACGCUCUAAUGACCUCAAGGCUGUUGAGAUAGAGCUAAUUAUGAAGAAGUUGCAGCUGAAGCAAUCCCAGUUAGUCAUUAGUUCGGAUGCAAAUUUGCUAGAGAAGAUCAAGAUAUCAUUAGGUAUUUCCAAGGCUUCCUUCAAAGAAGAGAAAUUGAGGAAUCAAAUGCAAGAGACUAGACACGCUCAACUCUUGCAACGAUGUAUGGACCUUCUUGUUGCUGGUUUGAUUGUCAUGUGUAUCUUCCUUACAUACGGAGUUUUCAUCUUUUCGUACCAACGCCUCUCAGAGAUCACAUCUGUGUGCGUGUCUGUUACUGAGAAAUCAAAAUCCUGGUGGAUUCCUAAAGGAGUUCAUUCUUUCAGUUCAGGCAUGGAAAUGUUGAGGUGCCAAUUAAUGGUCCUAUCUCGCCUGUCUUUUGGGAUGUUAAUGAUUGUAGCAAUUGCUUACGUGGCCUUCCAACGGUCAGUAAAGUCCGCCGCGGCCAUGCCAGUGACAUUUAUCGUGCUGCUACUAGGAGUUCUUUGCGGGUUUUCUGGAAAGUUAUGCAUUGACACAUUAGGCGGGAAUGGAUAUCGCUGGUUAUUUGAUUGGGAAGUUAUGUGCGCGCUCCAUUUCUUCGCCAAUGCAUUCCCGUCCGCAUUAUACCAUCUUCUUUACGGCCCUGUAACCCUGUCGCGAGGAGCAAAAUCAGCUACCAUUCCUUUCUGGAUGAGAAGAUAUGCAUUCUACUCACUGCUGCUGCCGAUUCUCCCAUUGUCGAGCGGGCUACUGCCGUUUGCUUCUGUCUCUGAAUGGAAAGCGCAUUUGGCCGAGAAAUUAUCUUCCUGGGGUCCAAAUUUGACGACUCUAAGUAUGUUUUAUUUAUGAGAAGAUGUUGUACCUUAAUUAUGCUGUUUAUAUAGAACAUGCGAGUCUCACCUCUUACUUGAGCUCAUUGUGGUAUCUAUAGGGAGGACUUUCGAGUCUCCUUGUUGGUUGCAAAUGUAUGUAUGCUUAACCUCGAAUAAUAUAUGUAUGCUCCAUGCCGGUAUUCAAGAAUCUAAA